AUGCGAGAAAGUCACGAGGGCCAAGAUCCAAUAUGGAUACGGAAGGGUCGAGAGCAAAGUAGUGUCAGUGUCGUGGUCCUGGAGUCUCGCUCUUCUCUUACGGCAAUAAGUCAAGCAUUUACUCUUCUCUUGCUAGGAUUACAAGAAGAGGUAGAAUAUUGUCCUCUCAAAGAGGCAGUUGUGGAAGGAGAGCAACAAGGACCUGACACUGCCCAAAAUGACACGCCUCAAUCAAAUGAAGGUGGGUUGGAUUAUUUGGAGCACGUAAAUUGUACACCAAGAGGGGUCGUUUCGAUUGUAUUAGAGUAA